GCGCCCUCGGGGCCGCGGCCGGCGCCCGUGGCCCGGGACCUGGAGGCGGGCGCGCGCGGCGCGGUGGCGGCGGCUCCGGGCCCCAUAGUGGGGGGCGGCGACGGCGGCCUGAAUAAUGUGCACCACCACCCCCUGCACCCCCGUCACGACCUGAACAUGGCCCAUAGCGCGAGCGCCGCGGCCGCCGCUAGCUCCAACAGCGCGCAGAGCGGCGGCUCCGAGGCGCCUCUCAAGGAGGGUGGAAGCGCCACCGCGCUGUCCUCCUCCUCCGCCGCCGUCGCGGCCUCUUCCUCCUCCUCCUCCUCGGCGGGCCCCGGCUCGGCCAUGGAGACCGGGCUGCUCCCCAACCACAAACUGAAAGCCGUUGGCGAGGCCCCCGCUGCACCGCCCCAUCAGCCGCACCACCACCACCAUGCCCACCACCACCAUCACCAUCAUGCCCACCACCUCCACCACCACCACCAUCACCACCACGCACUACAGCAGCAGCUAAACCAGUUCCAGCAGCCGCCGCAGCCACAGCAGCAGCAGCCGCCACAGCCGCCGCCGCAGCAGCAUCAUCCCACUGCCAACAACAGCCUGGGCGGCGCGGGCGGCGGCGCGCCCCAGCCCGGCCCGGACAUGGAGCACCCGCAACAUGGAGGCGCCAAGGACAGUGCCGCGGGCAGUCAGGCCGACCCGCAGGGCCAGCCUCUGCUGAGCAAGCCGGGCGACGAGGACGACGCGCCGCCCAAGAUGGGGGAGCCGGCGGGCAGCCGCUAUGAGCAUCCGGGCCUGGGCGCGCAGCAGCCACCCGCGCCGGUCGCCCUGCCCGGGGGCGGCGGUGGCGGCCCGGCGGCCGUCUCGGAGUUUAAUAAUUACUAUGGCAGCGCUGCCCCUGCUAGCGGCGGCCCCGGCGGCCGCGCUGGGCCUUGCUUUGAUCAACAUGGCGGACAACAAAGCCCCGGGAUGGGGAUGAUGCACUCCGCCUCUGCCGCCGCCGGGGCCCCCAGCAGCAUGGACCCCCUGCAGAACUCCCACGAAGGGUACCCCAACAGCCAGUACAACCAUUAUCCGGGCUACAGCCGGCCCGGCGCGGGCGGCGGCGGCGGAGGAGGAGGAGGCAGCGGAGGAGGUGGAGGAGGAGGAGGAGGAGCAGGAGGAGCAGGAGGAGCAGGAGGAGCAGCGGCAGCGGCAGCAGGAGCCGGAGCUGUGGCGGCGGCGGCGGCCGCGGCGGCGGCGGCGGCAGCAGCAGGAGGCGGCGGCGGCGGCUAUGGGGGCUCGUCCUCGGGGUACGGGGUGCUGAGCUCCCCGCGGCAGCAGGGCGGCGGCAUGAUGAUGGGCCCCGGGGGCGGCGGGGCCGCGAGCCUCAGCAAGGCGGCCGCCGGCGCGGCGGCAGCGGCGGGGGGCUUCCAGCGCUUCGCCGGCCAGAACCAGCACCCGUCGGGGGCCACGCCGACCCUCAACCAGCUGCUCACCUCGCCCAGCCCCAUGAUGCGGAGCUACGGCGGCAGCUACCCCGACUACAGCAGCCCCAGCGCGCCGCCGCCGCCGCCGUCGCAGCCCCAGUCCCAGGCGGCGGCGGCGGCGGGGGCGGCGGCGGGUGGCCAGCAGGCGGCCGCGGGCAUGGGCUUGGGCAAGGACCUGGGCGCCCAGUAUGCCGCUGCCAGCCCGGCCUGGGCGGCCGCGCAACAAAGAAGUCACCCGGCGAUGAGCCCCGGCACCCCCGGACCGACCAUGGGCAGAUCCCAGGGCAGUCCAAUGGAUCCAAUGGUGAUGAAGAGGCCUCAGUUGUAUGGGAUGGGUACUCACCCCCAUUCCCAGCCACAGCAGAGCAGUCCAUACCCAGGAGGCUCCUAUGGUCCCCCAGGCGCACAGCGGUACCCCCUCAGCAUGCAGGGCCGGGCUCCAGGGGCCCUGGGAGGCAUGCAGUACCCACAGCAGCAGAUGCCGCCGCAGUAUGGACAGCAAGGUGUGAGUGGUUACUGCCAGCAAGGCCAGCAGCCAUACUACAACCAGCAGCCGCAGCCCCCGCACCUCCCGCCCCAGGCCCAGUACCUGCAGCCCCAGUCCCAGCAGAGGUACCAGCCACAGCAGGACAUGUCUCAGGAAGGCUAUGGAAGUAGAUCUCAGCCUCCUCUGGCCCCCGGAAAAUCCAACCAUGAAGACUUGAAUUUAAUCCAACAGGAAAGACCAUCGAGUUUACCAGUUGAAGUAUUGGCCUCGGAGGAUGCAGCCUUUGGACUCAAGGACCUGUCUGGCUCCAUCGAUGACCUCCCCACGGGAACGGAAGCAACUCUGAGCUCAGCAGUCAGUGCGUCCGGCUCCACAAGCAGCCAGGGGGAUCAGAGCAACCCGGCUCAGUCUCCUUUCUCCCCACACGCAUCCCCCCAUCUCUCCAGCAUCCCUGGGGGGCCAUCACCUUCUCCUGUUGGCUCUCCUGUGGGAAGCAACCAAUCUCGGUCUGGUCCGAUUUCCCCUGCAAGUAUUCCAGGCAGCCAGAUGCCUCCCCAACCGCCAGGGAGCCAAUCAGAAUCCAGUUCCCAUCCUGCCUUGAGCCAGUCACCAAUGCCACAGGAAAGAGGUUUUAUGGCAGGCACACAGAGAAACCCCCAGAUGUCUCAGUACGGACCUCAGCAGGCAGGACCAUCCAUGUCACCCCACCCUUCUCCUGGGGGCCAGAUGCAUCCUGGAAUCAGUAACUUUCAGCAGAGUAACUCAAGUGGCACUUACGGUCCACAGAUGAGCCAGUAUGGACCCCAAGGCAACUACUCCAGAACCCCAACAUAUAGUGGGGUACCCAGUGCAAGCUACAGCGGCCCAGGGCCCGGUAUGGGUAUCAAUGCCAACAACCAGAUGCAUGGACAAGGGCCAACCCAGCCAUGUGGUGCUAUGCCCCUGGGACGAAUGCCUUCAGCUGGGAUGCAGAACAGACCAUUUCCUGGAAACAUGAGCAGCGUCACCCCCAGUUCUCCUGGCAUGUCUCAGCAGGGAGGGCCAGGAAUGGGCCCGCCAAUGCCCAGUGUGAACCGUAAGGCCCAGGAAGCCGCUGCAGCUGUGAUGCAGGCUGCUGCAAACUCAGCACAAAGCAGGCAAGGCAGCUUUCCUGGCAUGAACCAGGGUGGACUCAUGGCCUCCAGCUCUCCCUACAGCCAGCCCAUGAACAACAGCUCUGGCCUGAUGAACACACAGGCACAGCCCUACAGCAUGACCCCGACAAUGGUGAACAGCUCCACAGCUUCUAUGGGUCUUGCAGAUAUGAUGUCUCCGGGCGAAUCAAAACUGUCCACACCUCUUAAAGCAGACAGUAAAGAAGAAGGCGCGUCCCAGCCUGAGAGCAAGUCAAAGGAUAGCUACAGCUCUCAGGGUAUCUCUCAGCCUCCGACCCCAGGCAACCUGCCAGUCCCUUCCCCGAUGUCACCCAGCUCCGCCAGCAUCUCCUCCUUUCACGGGGACGAGAGUGACAGCAUCAGCAGCCCAGGGUGGCCCAAGACGCCGUCAAGCCCUAAGUCCAGCUCUUCUUCCACCACUGGGGAGAAGAUCACAAAAGUGUAUGAGCUGGGGAACGAGCCGGAGAGGAAGCUGUGGGUCGACCGCUACCUGACCUUCAUGGAAGAGAGGGGUUCCCCAGUGUCCAGUCUUCCCGCAGUGGGCAAGAAGCCCCUGGACCUGUUUCGACUCUACGUCUGCGUCAAAGAGAUUGGCGGUCUGGCGCAGGUUAAUAAAAACAAGAAGUGGCGUGAGCUGGCAACCAACCUAAAUGUUGGCACUUCAAGCAGCGCGGCUAGUUCCCUGAAAAAGCAGUAUAUUCAGUACCUGUUCGCCUUUGAGUGCAAAAUUGAGCGUGGGGAGGAGCCCCCGCCAGAAGUCUUCAGCACAGGGGAUGCCAAGAAACAGCCCAAGCUGCAGCCACCAUCUCCUGCUAACUCAGGAUCCUUACAAGGCCCGCAGACUCCACAGUCAACUGGCAGCAAUUCAAUGGCAGAAGUUCCCGGUGACCUGAAGCCACCAACCCCAGCAUCUACCCCUCAUGGACAGAUGACCCCCAUGCAAAGUGGAAGGAGCAGUACAAUCAGUGUGCACGACCCAUUCUCAGACGUGGGUGAUGCGGCAUACCCAAAACGGAACUCUAUGACUCCAAAUGCUCCGUACCAGCAGGGCAUGAGCAUGCCAGACAUGAUGGGCAGGAUGCCCUACGAGCCCAACAAGGACCCCUUCAGUGGAAUGAGAAAAGUGCCUGGAAGUAGCGAGCCCUUCAUGACACAAGGACAGAUGCCCAACAGCAGCAUGCAGGACGUGUACAACCAGAGUCCCUCAGGUGCCAUGUCCAACCUAGGCAUGGGGCAACGGCAGCAGUUUCCCUAUGGAGCCGGUUACGACCGAAGGCAUGAGGCUUACGGGCAGCAGUAUCCAGGCCAAGGUCCUCCCACAGGACAGCCGACGUAUGGAGGACAGCAGCCUGGCCUGUACCCACAGCAGCCGAAUUACAAGCGCCAUAUGGAUGGCAUGUACGGGCCUCCAGCCAAGCGCCAUGAGGGGGACGUGUACAGCAUGCAGUACGGCAGCCAGCAGCAGGAGGUGUACAACCAGUACGGGAGCUCUUACUCUGGCCCGGACAGGAGGCCCAUCCAGGGACAGUAUCCCUACCCCUACAACAGAGAGAGGAUGCAGGGCCCAGGCCAGAUGCAGCCACAUGGAAUCCCACCUCAGAUGAUGGGUGGCCCCAUGCAGUCAGCCUCCAGCGAGGGGCCGCAGCAGAACGUGUGGGCAGCACGCAACGAUAUGCCUUAUCCCUACCAGAACAGGCAAGGUCCAGGUGGCCCUGCGCAGGCGCCGCCUUACCCGGGCAUGAACCGAACGGAUGAUAUGAUGGUACCAGAUCAGAGGAUCAAUCAUGAGAGCCAGUGGCCUUCCCACGUCAGCCAGCGCCAGCCUUACAUGUCGUCGUCGGCCUCCAUGCAGCCCAUCACGCGCCCGCCUCAGUCAUCCUACCAGACGCCACCAUCGCUGCCAAACCACAUCUCCAGGGCGCCCAGCCCCGCCUCCUUCCAGCGCUCCCUGGAGAGCCGCAUGUCUCCAAGCAAGUCUCCCUUCCUGCCCACCAUGAAAAUGCAGAAGGUCAUGCCCACAGGCCCCACAUCGCAGGUCGCUGGGCCGCCCCCUCAGCCACCGCCAAUCAGAAGGGAGAUUACCUUCCCCCCUGGCUCUGUGGAAGCGUCACAGCCAGUCCUGAAACAAAGGCGAAAGAUCACCUCAAAAGACAUUGUCACUCCCGAGGCGUGGCGUGUGAUGAUGUCCCUGAAGUCGGGUCUGUUGGCCGAGAGCACCUGGGCUUUGGACACCGUCAACAUUCUCCUCUACGACGACAGCACUGUCGCCACCUUCAACCUCUCCCAGCUGUCUGGCUUCCUGGAACUUUUAGUAGAGUACUUCCGAAAAUGCCUCAUUGACAUUUUCGGAAUUCUUAUGGAAUAUGAAGUGGGCAACCCCAGCCAUAAAGCACUUGAUCACCGCACGGGGAAGAAAGACGACAGCCAGUCCUCAGGAGACGAUUCUGGGAAAGAAGAAGAUGCUGAGUGUCCUGACGAAGAGGAAGAGGAUGAGGAAGAGGAGGAAGACAGUGGAAAGACAGAGUCGGAGGGGACGAGCAGUGCUGCCCCUGCUGCUCCAGAUGCCACCGUGGACCCCAAGGAGACGCCAAAGCAGGCCAGUAAGUUUGACAAGCUGCCCAUAAAGAUUGUCAAAAAGAGCAACCUGUUUGUGGUGGACCGGUCUGACAAGCUGGGCCGCGUGCAGGAGUUCAACAGUGGGCUCCUGCACUGGCAGCUGGGGGGCGGCGACACUACAGAGCACAUCCAGACUCACUUUGAGAGCAAGAUGGAGAUCCCUCCUCGCAGGCGCCCGCCUCCGCCUCUGAGCUCCACCGGGAGGAAGAAAGAGCCAGAAGGCAAAGGUGAUUCCGAAGAGCAACCAGAGAAAAGCAUCAUAGCCACCAUUGAUGACGUCUUGUCUGCCCGGCCAGGGGCCCUGCCUGAAGACGCCAACCCAGGACCCCAGACCGACAGCAACAAGUUUCCCUUUGGAAUCCAGCAGGCCAAAAGCCACCGGAACAUCAGGCUACUGGAGGACGAGCCCAGGAGCAGGGACGAGACACCCCUGUGUACCAUCGCGCACUGGCAGGACUCCCUGGCCAAGCGCUGCAUCUGUGUGUCCAACAUCGUGCGGAGCUUGUCUUUCGUGCCUGGCAAUGACGCAGAGAUGUCCAAACACCCAGGCUUGGUGCUGAUCCUGGGAAAGCUGAUUCUGCUGCAUCACGAGCAUCCAGAGAGAAAAAGGGCGCCACAGACCUACGAGAAGGAGGAGGAUGAGGACAAGGGGGUGGCCUGCAGCAAAGAUGAGUGGUGGUGGGACUGUCUUGAGGUCUUGCGGGAUAACACACUGGUCACGUUGGCCAACAUUUCUGGGCAGCUAGACUUGUCUGCGUACACGGAGAGCAUCUGCUUGCCGAUCCUGGACGGUUUGCUGCACUGGAUGGUGUGCCCGUCCGCAGAGGCACAGGACCCCUUUCCCACCGUGGGGCCCAACUCAGUCCUGUCACCACAGAGACUUGUGCUAGAGACGCUCUGUAAACUCAGUAUCCAGGACAACAACGUGGACCUCAUCUUGGCCACACCUCCAUUUAGUCGUCAGGAGAAAUUUUAUGCUACAUUAGUUAGGUACGUUGGGGAUCGCAAAAACCCAGUCUGUCGAGAAAUGUCCAUGGCGCUUUUAUCGAACCUUGCCCAGGGGGACACACUGGCAGCAAGGGCAAUAGCUGUGCAGAAAGGAAGCAUCGGAAACUUGAUAAGCUUCCUGGAGGACGGGGUGACCAUGGCACAGUACCAGCAGAGCCAGCACAGCCUCAUGCACAUGCAGCCCCCACCUCUGGAACCCCCUAGCGUAGACAUGAUGUGCAGGGCGGCCAAGGCUUUGCUGGCCAUGGCCAGAGUGGACGAAAACCGCUCAGAAUUCCUUUUGCACGAGGGUCGGUUGCUGGAUAUCUCGAUAUCGGCUGUCCUGAACUCUCUGGUGGCGUCUGUCAUCUGUGAUGUACUGUUUCAGAUUGGGCAGUUAUGACACACGUGAGCAGGCACGCAUGCGUGAGUGAAGAUAGAGGGUCACAUAGGACUGGCUGUUUCUGUUCUCGUUUAUCCAGCGUAGGAUGAAGGAAGAGUCCUUGCUUCUCUGCCCCAUCACUAUUUACCAAUUGGAAAUUAAAUCAUUAAUUCGAACAGUUAUAAAAUUAAUAUUUGCUGUCUGUGUGUAUAAGUACAUCCUUUGGGGAUUUUCUAUUUCUUUUUUUUUUAACCAAAGUUGCUGUCCAGUGCAUUCAAAGGUCACUUCUUUUCCAUAAAAUUUCCUUUUUAAUGUUUUUUUUUUUAAUGUUGUAUUGCAGUUUUGGGGAAGUGAAUUGAAAGAAAAAAAUUUUUUUGGCAAAAGAGGCUAAGAUAGGAAAAUUUCACCACACCGAGGCAGAAAGGUGGAAGGAAAAUUGAUCCUUGAAUUGAUUUCCUAUGAAUUUUAUUCUUCACAGAAUGAUAAAAACAAAACUGCACCCCGCCACCCAAAGCUCUGUGCAAUAGAAACUUCUAGAGAUAUAGGUAUAGGGGCUCGAGGAAGUGUGGCAGUCAGUCAGAACUACGAGUGAUACUGGUUUCUCCACAGGAAAGUGGUUACAUUAGGCUAUGAGCAAAAAAACGGCGCUUUCAGUUAGGGGUGAAGCUGCACCCUGACAGCCAUCCGCGGAACUGCUUCCUCACCACAACCGCCAUGUCUGCUGCGGUUCGGCCUCCACGUGACAGUUCUUCACAAUUCCUUUCAUCGUUUUUUAAAUAUUUUUUUUACUGCCUGUGGGCUGUGAUGUAUAUAGAAGUUGUACAUUAAACAUACCCUCAUUUUUUUUCUUUUCUUUUUUUUUAGUACAAAGUUUUCAUUUCUUUUUCAUGAUGUGGUAACUACAAAGUGAUGGUAGAUUUAAAUAAUUUUUUAUUUUUAUUUUAUAUAUUUUUUCAUUAGGACCAUAUCUCCAAAAAACAAAAAAAAGAAACAAAAAAUACAAAAAACAAAAACAAACAAAAAAAGAGGGUAAUGUACAAGUUUCUGUAUGUAUAAAGUCAUGCUCUGUUGGGAGAGCAGCUGCUCCCAAUUUGCUUCAUGAAUCAAGGUGUGGAAAUGGUUGCAUAUGGAUUGAUUUAGAAAAUGGAUACCAGUACAGACAAAAAAAAGAAAAAAAGAAAAGAAAAACAAAGAAUAAACAACUAAAAGGAAGAAACACAACUUCAGCGAUUUUUCUGUGACAGGAAUCCACAUUUGUAUUUCAAGAUAAUGUAGUUUAAGAAAAGAAAAAAAUGAAAAAAACUUGAUGUAAAUUCCUCUUUUCCUCUGGCUUAAUGAAUAUCAUUUAUUCAGUAUAAAUCUUUAUAUGUCCCACAUGUUAAGAAUAAAUGUACAUUAAAUCUUGUUAA